UUUGCGCAGAAAAAGUCCUAGUCAUUACACUGUGUUCCAAUUUAUUCUAAUAAUAAUAAUAAUAUCUUGAAUUUAUAUAGCGGCUUUCAAGAAACCCAAGGACGCUUUACAGGAACACAUAGACAUGGACAAACUAUGUGAGGGGUAGGAUGAGUGUAAGGGGUGGUUUAGUGAAGACUGUAGGCUUUGGUGUGGUAUUAUGCAAAUAGGAUUUCAAUUAAACAAACAUUAGUCAGUUUACAUGACUGACUUUGCCAGGGGAGCCUAAUUAAAGGGAAACUACUUAAGGAGGUUGUUCCACAAUUUUAAGAAAGUCACAGGUUUCUAGAAACACUGAUAAAAAUGAAAGAUCUUUCUGCAGGUGAAAGCCUGCAAAUAACCUGCAAAUAUAUUAAGACUAAUUUUCAGACAUUUUAAUUCACUGAUGAACGACGUGCUUCACUGGAUGAUCCAGAUGGAUGGAGUUCUGGAUGGUUGGUGGAUGGCCACCAUGUCUCGACAAGUCUCAGCAAGGAGGUGGUGGAGUGAUGUUUUGGGCUGGAAUCAUAGGAAAUGUUUGCGGCUUAGUUUGCAGCCUCUGGCCUACCUGUGGCGCCAAGACCAAGAUUCCCUGCUCUCUGCGAUGAUAUCAUCUGACCUCCAUGCUAUCCUCAUCAAAGUUGCCGCCUUUGGCCUGGAUCCAGAGAAGCACUUAGGAAAACCUCUGGCUGACAUGGAGCCCUAUCUGAAACAGCUCUCCCAGAAGUAUGGAGUUCACGUUUGUGGAGAAGGAGGUGAAUAUGAAACCUUCACCCUUGAUUGCCCCCUCUUCAAGAAGAAGAUCAUAAUCGAUGCAGCAGAGACAGUGAUCCACUCAGCAGAUGCCUUUGCUCCAGUUGGCUACCUUCGCUUCACCGCCAUGCACACAGAGAGCAAAGACGGCGAUGUGGUGGCGAGAGCUCUGCCCCAUGGUAGUUGUCCUUGCCAGAGCGCCAUCGACAAGAUGACUGAGGAGGUGGAAUAUGCUGAUCAAGCUGAAGACAACCGGCAAGAAUUUACAUCAAAUUGUGACCUUAGUUGUCAGCGGGGCCACGAUCUUCCUCCAUCCUGCUCACCCAGGAGCUCCAAAGGCUUUCAGUGGAUUUCCGGCAUCAACGGCCUUCAGAGCCAAGAGCCUGGGAUCCAGGGUCAGACAUCAACAGCUUUCACCCAACUGCAAAGUGAGUUGGAUAGCCGAGGCUGGAAGAUGAAGGACAUUAUCCUGGUCCACCUGUAUGUGAGGUGCAUGGAAGACUUCGGCCCACUCAACGCUGUCUAUAAGAAACACUUUGGCAUAAACCCUCCAGCCAGGGUGUGUGUCCAGGCUCCUCUUCCUGCCGGUCAGCUGCUGCAGAUGGACUGCCUUCUCCAUGACUGGACCGAGGAACCUGAAGAAGGCUGCUUCCACCAGAAAGAUGCCCUGCAUGUCCAGAGCAUGUCCCACUGGGCCCCAGCCAACAUCGGGCCCUACAGCCAGGCUUAUAGGGUUGAUCAGUCCAUUUUCUGCGCUGGCCAAAUUGCUUUGGUCCCCUGCACCAUGCAACUGGUGAAAGCUGGCACCAGGACGCAGGCCCGUCUGUCUUUCAGCUAUGUGAAGAAAGUUCUGGAGGCUGUGAUCUGUGGUCUGUCUUUAGCUCAUGUUCUCCAGGCCCACUGCUACACCACAAGACACCAAGACAUCCCAGUCAUCAGGGCCGUGUGGGAGAGCAUGCUGAGGGCCGCUGAAGAAGAAAAGGACUUGUUGUUGGAGCCUGAGAUCAAACCCCCGCCGCUGUUGGUCGUCGUGGUGCCUGCCUUACCCAGGAGUGCAGAGGUUGAGCUUCACGUCACUGCAGUUCAAGACAAUCCCAGCAAAAGAGCUCUCCGUCAUGUUACUACAAAGAUGGCAUGUGGGUCCAUUGAUUGCCAUAGCUUCAUGACUGCUGACAUGUGCAGCGCUUCACUUUCCCUUGACCUCACUGUGCCCAGAGAAAACCAGGAAGUCAGCAAUGUGAAGGAUGUAACAGGUGAUGUCUGCGCCAUGUUUGAUAAAGCCAUGAAGGAGCUGGAUGCUGAGCUGGUGCCUCUGUGUGCCAGGGUGUUCUACAAGUGUAGCAACUCACUGGCAUGGCAGAUUGUUGAAGGGCUUGAAGAAGGUUUGAGAAGCUCUCUCGGGGAGUCCAGCCCAUCUUUGUCCCUUGUUCCAGUCCUGGACUUGCCCGACUCCCAGAUCCUCCACCUGUCCUGCUGGCUCAGUUUAUAGAAACACAGCCAGAGUCAACAGCCAGGCUGCGACUGGAAUUCAGCGGGGCUUUUCUGGAGGAGCAGCUCUGACAGCCCAACACCUAAUGACUUACAACGGGACUUCAGUGAAUGUGGAAAAGAGAAACUACAUAACUGCUUGUUAAUUUUGACUGUUUAUCACUGCUGAUUGUUGAAAAGCAAAGCUGCUUCUGUGUCCAAGUGGGUUUAAUGACGUGUGGUUUUUGGGGAUGUGUUUAUUCUACUUCAUAUCCCAGAAGUUAGAUCUGUAAUUCACUUUGUCCUCCACUGGAGUUGUAUACAGCAGCAGCUGUUAUUCUAGAUUUAAGAGGAGUCUUAUGGAAGCUAAAGCUACAUACCAGAGGACCGGACACCAUCCUCUACAAAAGUAGACACCAGCAGAGUGUCGUCCCACCGGGCGAUAAACUGUAUCCCCUGAUAUCCCACUGUUUCUGCUGAAAUUCCUCUUAGCACACUAGCUAACACCCCUCAUAAAGGGCUAGCGCCACCGCUGACACCAUCUGUUCAGUUGUAAACCUAUAGAUUUACUGUGUGGCUGUCUGUGUGUGGAUGUGGAGUGUAUCUCCCUCUCAUGCUCCAUGGGAUUCAAGGUGUGUUAUUAUUGUGUAAUAGGCAAUCAGUGCAGAGCACCUGAAAAGAUUAAGCCUCUUUAUGUUUUCUAUUGAUUCUAAGGCGAACUGGUUAAUAGAAGAGGGACGCUAGCUGCGGGGCACGUGUGUGCUGAGAGUGUUUGGGGGUGUCAGUGGACGCAGCGUAACAAUGUGGGAGGAAAAUAACGCCAUUAACCAUUGCUCCUGGAACAUUUCUUUUCUCAAAGAUCAUGAACCAUAUUGAUGAUCUGAGUUGGAAUGCAUCUUCACUCGGGCUAUUCUCUUGAUCGUGCUCGUGAUGGCGGGCGAGUGGAGUGGGCUAUUGAUCUUCACACACCACUAUGUUUUUUGAUUGUUGUUAUCAAAAAUUGAACAAUAGAGGCAACCAAUAGAGCCUGAAGACUUUUAUUGAGGCUUGAAAAGCACAAACAAGCAAUUAUUUAUGAGGGAGAAAGCAAAUGCCCAAUGAGUAUACAGAGUGUUAACAUGUUAACAUGUUUUCAGAGAUGCUGCUGUCACAAAAGGGCCAAUAUGUGGACAGAUUUAAUAAAGACUUUAAGCUGAGAUGGUACACAUUAAUGUGAUCAGAGACAUGAUCAGACAAAUUCAACUACUUGGGUAGAUUUUUGUAGCUCUCAUAUGUAUAUCGAACAAAAAACUCACUAGAU